AUGGCCUCUGUCUCCACUGUCACAAAGUCUGAAGUAUUGCCCGAUUGGAUGCACUGUGAUGUGCUCACAUGCAAGCUCCUGGAGGAAGUGAGUGGUCAGAUUGCAUCCAACUGUCGGACCUUUGGCGAUCAUCUGCAGGGGGUCUGCGGAGGCGCAAUGCGGCAGCUGCAGGCUGAGACCUUUGCCGCGGCGGGCGAAAAGGUUGAGGAUUGCACUGACUUCUUGUCCACCUUUGCCAACCUCAGUGCAGCGUUGCUGGCGGUCGCAGUGGACCUGGAGCUCGUUGUCACGCAGCCGCUCCAGAGGACGAUCGCCACGCUGGUCGAAGAGAGUACAGGGCGUGCGAAACACCUGCAGCAGGUGAAAAGACGAUUUGCGGAGCUGCAGGAACGGUAUGCAAGAACUCGCCAAAAGACCUUGGAUGCCAAAUCCAAGCUCGGAGGCGGUGAAGGUGACAAGCGCUGGAGGUGGCGGAAGUCGACUGAAAAGACGGCGGUGGAUCAGCACGCAGCUGUGUGCGACCUCGCACGGUGCGAAGAGGAGCUCUUGGAAAGCGAGGCGUGUCUGCGCAAACUGGAGGAUGACAGCAGGGAGCGCCUGCAGCAGCUUGAGUUCGAGAAAAAGGCCAUGCUCCGGCGAGUCUUGCAGCAGGGCAGGUCGUCUUUGCGACGCCUCCUUCGAGUUGCAGACAAGGUUCCGCCAUUGGAUGACUUUCAGGGAGUGAUGCCUGGCGCAGACAAAGCCUCUGCAUGUUUGCAAGAGGUGCAAACACGGGAGGCUCUGCCCACAGGUGACGGCCCAUUGCCAGAGCCAGAGGUUUGCCAGAUGGCGGAAGAGAUGGGAGCGCAGGAGCACCAGCCUUGCGAAGACAGAUUUGCUCGCUACCUUCCAGGUCCGGACGUCGACGAUGACGUGGAGGAUGGCGAAGACAAGGACAUCGAGGUCGGCGCCACCGUCCGAGCAGCAGGAUGGUCGCCUGACUCGUCUUGUUCGAGGAGCCGGCGAGCGGGGUCUGGUCGCCUGGUCUUCGACAGUGAGGCAUCUGUGCAUGUCCUCAAGGCAUGCAGAGGCCCCAUCACGGCGGCGGGGGAAGGCUCAGCACGACGUUCGCUCGACCUUUCUCGCCAUGGCAAAGCUCCCGAAGGUCAGCCAUCGAGGACGCCAGAGCUGGAAGCACAGGCAGACUCCGAUGACGAGGACUUGGAGCUUGGAGGUGCACCAUCGCCACCCAAUGUUGAAUUUCAGCUGUCGCCGCUGAUUGCGGAGCAGCCACAAAGACUCAUCGAUCGCUACAUGAAACGCAUUCCGGAGCAUCUCGCAGCUGCUGCUGAGACCAACUGGGAGAAGCUUCAGGGCCGCGCCGCCGAACAGCCUCUCGGAAGCUUGGUUGGCAAGCUGGAGAUCUUCUGGAUACAUCUUCCAGGAAAAGUGGCAUCUGCGGAUUCUGCAGAUGGUCUCGUCUGUUUUCAAUUUGUGCAAGGUCAUGCUGCCCAUUACGCCCGCAUCUUGCACCUCUCGGUUGCUCCUCAGGACGGAAUGGGCUGGCCGCAGGCACUUCCUGCUGCGAUUGCACAAGUUAGGCACUUUAUCUUCACUACGCUCCCUGUGCAAAGUCUACGAGUCGUGGUCUUGGCGGCAGAGGACGAAGACAAGCGAAUCUGCAUCGAUCGCGACGUAGAAGCUGCCUACAAGCAUUGUCGCUUCCGCUGGUUUCAGCUCACGCAAAGACUGCGAAGAGCGAAAUCCGCAUUUCUUCGUCAUCGCAAAUCUGCACGCUCGACACGUUUCUUGGUCCUGCAUUCGCCUCGAACGGAUGAGGACCCUCCUGCGCCUCGUGAUGCCGUAGGCACCAAGCCAGCUCUGAAGCUGCAAGCCGAGGGCCCCGACGACAGCCCCGAGGCUGAGGACUCCACACUUGCGGAGUUGAGCUUCACGGCUUGGUAG